CGGCCAAAAAAUACAAUAAUUUUCAAUUUAUGAUGCAAACAGAAGAGAAGAGAAAAUUGUGUUUUUUGAGUAGCUUUCUGAGUGUUGAAAUGUUAUUUUUUUGUGUGUCGACGAAUCCUCAUAAGCUGACCUCACAGUAAUGUUGUAUGUUUAAAUACAUCUUUAUUUAUGUCCAAGUUUUUUAAAGUUAAAUUUGAAAAUUGAACAUUUAUUUUCCCUCUUGUGCUUUUUUACGCAGUUUAUGAUGCCUUCCCAUAACGUGGAAAACAAAUACGGAAAAACGCCUUUAAGCCAUUAAUAACGACAUGCAACUUACAAACGGACUUUAAGAGUAAUACAUUCCUUUUGAUUUUAUCGUAAAAUAGGUUCUCAAAUGCUUCCGAAAAAAAUAUGCCAGAAAAAGGAAAAGGCCGUCGGAGAAUAUUGAUCGGAGAGCGAACUGUGCAUUAUCCUAUAGACCUUGAAUGCAGCACAUGGAUCAAAGGAGCUGCAGCGACAUCUUGAGGCCACUCGGGUGAAGUAAUUCAUACGCGUCCCCCCCUGGCUACGUUAAACCAGGUCCCAGCUUCCAGAAUCAGGAACACGCAGCUACAAGUCAACCGAGUCCGGGCCAAACAUGGGGGAAAUCGUCCUUCCGCGGCGCAUGUUCCUCUGGUGCAUGGCGGUCAUCUACAUGGCGGCCUUUGUGUCCCUCUACGUGCAGAUUCCAGGUCUCUAUGGCAACGAGGGGCUGCUGCCCGCCCGGUGGCAGCUUCGAUACACCGGGAGCCCUCUGCUGGAGCAGCUCCUCGCCUCCCCUACCCUCCUGUGGUUCGGACCCCGGCUCGGCCUGGACACGCACGCCACCAUGGAGCUGCUGUGUCUCGUCGGGGCGGCCCUGAGCCUCGCCGCCACGCUGGUGGAGUCUCUCCGGGACAGCGUGGUCUUUUUCUGCCUCUGGGCCCUGUACCUGUCCAUGUACCAGGUGGGCCAGGUUUUCCUUUACUUCCAGUGGGACAACUUGCUACUAGAGACGGGGUUCCUCUGUAUCCUUGUCGCUCCUCUGACGUUAAUCAGGGGGACGCGAGGCGUCAGGCACCACGAUCGUGUGACCUUCUGGCUCAUUCGCUGGCUCCUCUUCAGACUCAUGUUCGCCUCCGGAGUGGUGAAGCUCACGUCGCGAUGUCCCACGUGGUGGGGCCUCACGGCCCUGACGUACCACUAUGAGACUCAGUGCAUCCCCACCCCUCUGGCCUGGUUCGCCCACCAGUUGCCGGUGUGGUGGCAGAAGCUGAGCGUGGUGGGAACCUUCGUCAUAGAGAUCGCCGUACCCGUGCUCUUCUUCAGUCCGAUACGUAGGCUGCGACUCGGGGCUUUCUACUGGCAGGUGCUGCUUCAAGUUCUCAUCAUCUUGUCCGGAAACUACAACUUCUUCAACCUGCUGACUGUGGCCCUCUGUCUGUCUCUUCUGGACGAUCAGCAUGUUAAUUUCUGGCUCCGCAGGGGCGACAAGGACAGUGAAGGGACCAGUGAAUCAAAGCUGUGGUCGUGGCUGUGUUACCUGGUGGAGCUGGCCGUCUGGUCUCUCACCGUCUUUGGAACAAUCGUCUGCUUCGACCUGCAGCUGGACACAGCUAAGAAAGGCGUCACAUCCCGCACAGCAUUCACAUUCCACCAUUUUAACCAGUUCCUGAAAGCCGUCACCAUCCCUUCCGUCUGGAUCGGUGUCCUCUCUCUCACCUGGGAGAUGGUGACGUCCAUGUUCAGGUGUGCUUGUGUCUCUGGUUUCCUGAAGAGGUUUUGGGGAAUGUUCCAGUGGUCCGUGUUUGCUGCAGCCACCGCCUCAAUGUUCGCCGUCAGUCUGGUGCCGUUCACGUACAUAGAGUACGACUCUCACGCCAGGCUGUGGCCGGCCGUGCGCGGGGCCUACGAGGCGGUGAAUCGCUACCAGCUGGUCAACUCGUACGGCCUGUUCAGGAGGAUGACCGGGGUUGGAGGGCGGCCUGAGGUCGUCAUCGAGGGAAGCUAUGACGGGGCCACGUGGACGGAGAUCGAGUUCAUGUACAAGCCAGGAAACCUGAGCGCGCCUCCGCCUGUGUUGACGCCUCAUCAACCCAGGCUGGACUGGCAGAUGUGGUUUGCCGCUCUCGGGACCAACACGCAGGCUCCGUGGUUCACGAGCCUGAUUUACAGACUGCUGCAAGGCAAAAGAGACGUGAUUGAGCUGAUCCAGUCGGAUGUAUCCAAGUAUCCGUUUCACCAGCAGCCUCCCGCCUUCCUCCGAGCUCACCGCUACAGAUACUGGUUUACUGAACCCAACGCUGACGGCUCUUACCCUCAGCGCUGGUGGAGGAGGGUCUAUGAUGAGGAAUUCUAUCCCAUGGUGCACCUGGGCAGCAGCUUCCUGGAGGGCAUGCUCAACCAGUACGGACUGAAGGACAAAGCGCCUCCACGUCGUUUGUCCAACACUCACAUCGCCCGGGCCGUGAGGUGGGUGCGCUCUCAGGUGAGAGGUGUCCCCUCCCACACACUAAUCUGGACCCUCAUCGCCUGCAGCGCCACCCUAUGCUUGCUCCAGGGAUUGCGAAACAGGAACAAACGCGCAGAAAGGACCCCACUUAAUUAUAAAGAAACUUGGAACGAACACACGGAAAACGCGUCCGAUAGAUUUUUGGACCACGGUCGGAAGUCAGAUGGACACCAGGCAAAAAAGGAAGAGGAGGAGGAAGAGGAGGAAGAGGAAGAAGAUGAAGAUGAAAAUGCUGCAAGUCAAGAGGAAGAGGAAGAGGAGGAGGAAGUGGAGGAGGAAGAGGAAGAGGAGGAAGAAGAGGAGGAUCACAGGAGGGAGAAAAAGAAGAGAAUCAGAAAGAGAAAGUUUUGAAAAGGAUGCAGGUAGACUUAUCACCAACCGCCUUUAUAAUAUAUCACCUUAAUGACCAAAGAAGUUGUUUGUGUAUAUUUGAGUUUUCUGAACAGCCACUUUUUUUUCCACCCUGACUUUACUGCACUACAUAGUUGAGCUCUGUGUCCUUCAAUCUUCUCGGAGCACUUUUAAUAACGUUUUAAAGUCUCUGUCGUUGGUUCUGAUGGACUCAUCACUCCAGUCUGAGAAAAUCAUGCUAAAAAACAGAAUGUGGACUUUAAAAUAUAAUGUGGGCUCUGGAUUGGCCACGUAGAGAUAAAGAACGGAUCCGUUAAUGUUACAGUGCCGGUUACUUGUUGUAUGUUUUCUUGCAUCCUGCUGCAUGUACUGAAACGAGCACUACUUUUUUUUAUUUUCCACAAAUGUGUCCUUUUUUCUUUGUUCAUAUUCGUAUGAAUAAAACACAGAGCACUGUA